AUGAAUGUCCAAGCACUAGUGCAUGUCCCAACAUCAUCAUGUCAGGGCCCAGGUCACCAGACGGCCCUGCACCAAGCUGCCAUGGUGGGAAACAGUGAUGCCAUGACUGCUCUGAUUCAGGGAGGCUGUGCUUUGGACCUGCAGAACAGGGAUGGCAACACAGCACUGCAUGAGGUGUCUUGGCAUGGUUUUUCUCAGUGCGUCAAACUGCUGGUUAAAGCAGGAGCUGCUGUGCACAUCAUGAACAAGGCAGGAAACACAGCACUUCACCUGGCCUGUCAGAAUGCACAUGCUCAGACUGCUCGGGUAUUGCUGCUCGGAGGAUCCAACCCAGACACCAAGAAUAACGUAGGUGACUCCUGCUUGCAUGUAGCUGCUCGCUACAACAACCUGACCCUGGUGAAAAUCCUGUUAAACUCAGUGUGCUCUGUGACAGAGAGAAACCAGGGAGGGGAAACCGCUCUACAUGUGGCUGCUGCUCUGAACCAUAAGAAAACAGUUCAGCUCUUACUGGAGGCAGGGACUGAUGGGAAAAUCAGAAACAAUGCAGGUAAAACAGCACUGGACAAGGCCAGAGACAACAAUCAUAAAGAGCUGGCAAUUCUUCUGGCCAGGGCACCUCAGGUACAUCGCUUCAUGAGAGGAAGAACAAUAAGGAAACGAAGAGAAAGAUUGAUAUCUGAGCGCAGGUCCCAGUCUUUCACCAGAGUAGAAAUACUGCCCAAUAAAGAGGACGGCUGUUCUGUGGUGGAGGAAUGUCGCAACAGUGAACAAAUGCAGAGCCGAACUGCAGCCGAGCGGCAGCCUCAGCGACGAAGGCAGCAGCAGCAGCUUUAUCAGAAGACCCCAGCCACAAUCGACAACGCUCACAGUCACUGCAGGAGAAGAGACAGGAAGCAGACUUUGGACGAAGAUGAUCCGAGAAAUGGAAAGACUGACUUUCACAAUAAGAGAGCUCUACUCUGUGAUGAUGGCUUCACACAGCUUUUCACCCGGUACCGUGAUGAGGAUGGCAACCUUAUACAGGCACCAGCCAAUGGAUGCCACUGUAAGCCCUUCCUGAAGAAGCUGGAGGGUCAAAUGAAAGCCACUCAGGAGGAGAUGAUGCUGCACAUUCUCAACGUCCAGGAGCGCGUCAGUAGCCAAAUGGGCAAAAUGGACCAAAGGAACAGACAUCAGAUUAAAGUGUUGAACGUUCUGAAUGAGGAAAGAGCAGCAGCAGAGAAAAAGAACAUGGUUUAUAGGAUGGAGCGGAGAGCUGCCCAGGAAAGAGAGGAGGCUCUGAAGACACAGGCAGCAGUGAGUGAUGAACUGAAAAUGUGGUGGACGUCUCACCUAAACGACAUGGACGUCCGAAUCCCAGCUAAUAGCCAGUAUUACAAACUCCUCUCUUCACCAUCUGUUGAGAUGUCUGAGGCAGACGCUGAUAUGGAAUCACUCCCCCUGCUGUCUCUGGUAUCUGGUGACAGCAGCACUUCACUGGCCAACUAUGUCAACAUCCUGCCAACAAAAUCCGGUCAAGGGGACCUUGAGCAGGUGGGGAGGAGGAGAUACUUUGAAAUGAGACUGGAAAGGUCACCAGAUGAUUACGAGAACACAGCCCUGUUUUCCCCACCCAGCGGCCACAUCAGAGACAUCCCGCUUGGCUCUGCUGACCCCAUCUGGCAACAUUCAGCAGUGCAGGACAGUCCCGUAGCUGCAGUGGUGCCAUUGUGUGGGGGGGCCUUCUCAAGCAGCAGCAGUCAGUCCAGCAUCAGCGAACAAGGACCUGGACUAAUCCCACAUCAGGAUCGCAGACAUGACAUGAAACACAUGAAACACUUUGGAGAGCUGAUGAGUUCCUGCAGGCAAGAAAACAGGCCCAAUGAAAGCACCACAACACUGGAAUGUUUCAUCAAACCCACUGAGCCCUCAUUCAACCAGGAGGGGAACUAUCUGCAUGCUAUGGAGGUGACCCAGCGUUUCUUUGACACGGUGUCAACUCAGUUGGAGCGCUGGUACGAGAGGAAGCUUGGGGAGGUGGAGCAGCAGAUCGAGCUCAGGGCCCAGCAGGACAGGAAGGAGCUGACGCAACGAAUCAGCACGCUGGAGGAGGAGCUUCAGAGGCUGAACACCAAUGAGAAUGCAGACGUCUGA